CCACCCAGGCCUCACCUCCCUCCGCCACUGCAUCUAGUCAUCUACGACAUAGUUCUUUCCUCUUUGCAAGACUUUUCAGUUGAGCAGAGCGUUAAAGCUGAGCAGUGUGCACGGUCGUUUGCUGAUAAGGAAGCGGCUCAAGAUUUCAAUCCAUCUUAGCUUCUGUUUGGAUUCUGGAGUUUCACGGGCAAACUUGGAUAUUUCUUACGCUGGAUACAGCGACCAAGAGUGAUAGCCAUCGUAAAUAAAUGUUUCAGCGACCUUCAGCAGUAUCCUCUGCACCAUGGGAGUCGUCUCAGAAUGGCCUUUUUCUAAGUAUAAUAGAGUUCAAGAGGCCUCAGUUAUCAGCUUUAAGGUGGUCAUAUAAACUUGGAUUCAAGUUUGAGCGUGAAGAACAGCUUCAUAAAGGUAGAACAGCCAUUUUAGGAACCAGAAUGUGUGCAAGUCACAAGCCAAUGCCAAAACCAACUUUCAGAAAACAAGGAUCAUAUCCCCAAAAUGUGGAUCUCCCUCCAAUACUACCCAAGAAAAAGAAGAAACCCUUUCCUAUACCCUUAAAGAAGAUGAAGCAAGCUGCAAGACAGGACAAAAAACUAGCAGAAAUGGGUAUCGAGAAGCCCCUUGACCCUCCAAAAAAUGGACUGCUUGUCCCUGACCUAAUUCCUGUUGCUUAUCAUGUAUUGGACGCCUGGAAGAUCUUAAUUAAAGGCGUUGCACAGCUGUUGCAUGUAGUUCCCGUAUAUGCUUGCAGUGAGUGCUCCGAGGUUCAUGUGGCUCAGGCUGGCCACCAGAUUAAGGACUGCAAAGGCCGGACCAGUGGAAAGCGCCAAAGCUUCCACUCAUGGAUCAAGGGUUCCAUCAAUGACAUACUAAUCCCCAUAGAAUCAUAUCACCUCUAUGACCCCUUUGGCCGGCGCAUUAAACAUGAAUCACGAUUUCAGUAUGACAGGAUCCCAGCUAUCAUGGAGCUAUGCAUCCAAGCUGGCGUGGACAUACCGGAGUACCCUUCUCGGCGGAGGACCAAACCCAUCCGCAUGAUUGGGAGGAAAAUGAUUGAUAAUGGGGGAAAUGUUGAGGAGCCUAAGCCAUGUCGCUCUGCAAAUCCAUCUUCCCUUGUUGAUCUCGAUACCCAUGGGGCAUCUUUGAGGUUCCCACCUCCUUUACCAGCAGAUGUACCAAGGAUUGCGCAGGAGACGAUGGAUGCGUAUGAAGUUGUUAGAUUAGGAGUGACGAGGUUGAUGAAAAAAUACACGGUGAAGGCAUGUGGAUAUUGCUCAGAGGUUCAUGUGGGACCUUGGGGUCACAAUGUUAAGCUAUGUGGGGAAUUCAAGCAUCAGUGGAGGGACGGGAAACACGGUUGGCAAGACGCUAUUGUGGAAGAAGUGUUUCCUCCGAAUUAUGUGUGGCAUGCUAGAGAUCCCAAAGGCCCCCCUUUGAGGAGUGCACUCAAGAGAUUCUAUGGGAAAGUGCCCGCCGUUGUUGAAUUAUGCUUGCAGGCUGGUGCAAAGAUUCCUGCGAGAUACAUACCCAUGAUGAGGCUUGACAUUGUAGUCCCCGACACCGAGGAGUCAAAUUUAGUCGCCUGAUGGACUGGCAAAUGUAACUCAAACUUGCUUUUUAGUGCAUAACAAUAUGAGAAAUGUAUAGGUCUAAUUACCUCAAUUGCAUUUAUAAACCAUACGAGUACUU